CAGCAACCAGUGUCGCUGGACGUGUGGUGGAAAGCGGUGCUAUCUGGUGGCGGCUCCCCCACACACCCGUGGCGCCAGCCUCCUUUCCUCCCCCCAAUACCCAAUCCCCCCAAUACCAGCUAUACCCGUAAGACCGGCGGCCAAUUCGAGUAUGGUGUUGCCCGGGGUCAAGAGGCCAGGAAGGAGGCAGGUCGACUCGGAGAUGAAACGUUCAUAACAUUAAACGUUUGGCUGAUCCCAUCCCGCCCCCCCCCCAUCAACCACCCCCUCUCUCUCCCUCGUGCUCCUUCCUGCUCAAGACUUCAGAGGUAACCUCACCAUGGCAGCCGGGCGGAGGCACAUAUCGGAGGCUAGGUAACGAAGCUAUUGAUGCACACGAAGCACAAGACACAAGUUAAUUUGAUAACAAACUGAAGGUGAAGGAGAAAUAGUGUUUCUUGGUAUUCGUCAAGUAGAGAGUGUGCCAGAUACUGUUCGCUGGUUGGAGUCACCCCAGUCAACAUUUAACAGACCCGCCAUUGUUUGCUGGACCCACACACACACACGGUCCCUCAUUCCCAUCUUCUGCGCCGGUAGAAGGAAGUUGCUGAAAGUUGGGGAAAGCUUUCUGGAUUGUGGUGUGUGUGUGUGUGGGCGUGGAGGCUCCCGAACAGUUAGAAGACCGGCUUUAUAAAAGAGGAAUAAUCUCCAACUGCACGGCCAGAAAUGGGACUCGCGAGUUUUCGCCGCUUUGAUGACACCACUAGUGAAGCAGAAUGCCACUUUUGAAGUCUACUUUUAAUGUGUUCCUGAAGUGGCAUAAUGUACUCCCAGUGUGCUGAUGACGAGCUCAGAAGGUUCCACAGUGGCUCUUGCUGCAGAAUGAGUGUCUCGGUGUGCCGUCCAAGGUUCCUGAAGCUAAUCUUCUUGUUGGUAGUUCUACUGAUGAUGGCACAAUUUUCCCUCAACAUCCUUUUCUACCGCAAUUAUGAUUCUCUCUUUUAUGUUAAUGGAACUUCUGCUGAGGAACUUCCAUCAUUUGAGUCUAGGGUAAGGUGGGUAAGUUCAAAGUUAACGUGGAUUCAUCCAGUCUCGGAGAAGCAAGGUACGGCAGACCAGUCGCAUUAUCCUGACGUAACCCCUAUCGGUGGAUUUGUGGGGGUUGGACUUAAUGAAACAAACAUUAAUCUGGGUGUAGAUAAAGAUACAGAACAGAUAAAAGGCAGUGGAGUAACUGCCCAAAACGGUAUCAUGCCCUCGAGUGAAGCGGUGCAAAAAAGUGUGCAUAAUUUACUUUUUCCCUCGCAGUUAUUGUUACUUUCAAAAACUGAAAAGGGGGAACAUGCCAAGCCUUCCCCAGCAAACAAUAAUGUGACUGUAAAUGCAGGAAGUGAGACACGGGUAUUGAUGGCAGAGUCCAUAAUAAAUAACAGUGAUAAAAAUAAAGAUGCCUUGCAGUUGAAAAUAUCUAGUGUUGUUAAUGGUACAAAGGCAUUAACACUAAAUAACACUGGUAGUGGUGCAGAAAAUAAGGUGGUUCUUCUAAGUAAAGAAAAACCAUUGUGUCCUCCUGUGCCUCCUAAACUUAUGGGUGCAGUAAAGAUUCAACGUACAGCACCAACCCUUGAAGAGCAGGAGCGCAGCCACCCAGAGCUGGAGCCUGGGGGUCGAUUCAGACCACCAGAGUGUCGAGCUCGUCACCGGGUUGCCAUCAUCAUCCCAUACAGAGACAGAGUUCAACAUCUGGCUGUAUUUCUUCAUCAUAUGCACCCCAUUCUUCAGCGUCAACAGAUUGACUAUGCUAUCUAUUUAGUUGAACAGUCAGGUAGUGGGAAAUUUAACAGAGCAAUGUUAAUGAAUGUGGGAGCCUUGGAGGCACUUAAGCAGUAUCAGUAUGACUGCUUCAUUUUUCAUGAUGUUGAUCUGCUUCCGGAGGAUGAUCGUAAUCUCUACACGUGCCCUGAGCAACCUCGUCACAUGUCCAUUGCCAUCGAUACGAUGAGCUACAGGUUGCCUUACAAUGAUAUAUUUGGUGGAGUAAGUGCCAUGACUGUAGACCAGUUUCGGUUAGUUAAUGGUUUCAGCAACAAAUUUUGGGGCUGGGGAGGAGAAGAUGACGACAUGUCCAACAGGAUAAAAUAUCAUGGCCUUUUUAUAUCGCGUUAUCCUGCGAAUAUUGGACGUUACACUAUGUUAUCUCACAAGAAGGAUGUGCCUAAUCCAAGAAGAUACCAGUACUUAUAUGAGGGGAAGAAGAGAUUUAAAACUGAUGGACUUACUAGUGCCAAAUAUGGAGCCUUGGAUGUUCAACUGCGGCGCCUGUACACUUGGGUGUAUGUAGAUAUCCAUCCUUCAUGAUGAAGCCUGUUCCUGCAUGUGAGUGCAGUCAGAUACACACAUUAAUGGAAGUGCAUUCUAAUCAUGUAUGUGAGAGUUGUGCGUGUGAAAGUGCAGUUAUGUGAUGACUGCAGCAAAUGCAAGACUUGAAUCAUUUAUUUAAAGGUGUGUAUGUUAUGAACAUUUGUCAUCCAUUAGUAUCAUUCUAGUUCAUCUGUUUUUAAUUAUGUCAACAGAAUAUCAGUGAAUCAAAUUGAAAGUUAUUUUUUCAUAACUUGAUCACUAAUUUGUAUAUUUUCAUUAACAUAAUGUAUAUGAAAUAGUUUAGUUAAAUAUAAAGAUUUAAAUGGUUUACACUGGACCGCUUUCCUAAAAUGUACACUAAAUUAUCAAAAACAUAGAAGCUAUAUAAUUUUUAUUAUGAAAACUGAAGGUAAAUUUAGUCUCAUUGUAGAUAUUGUUGCAUGUUUAAUGGGUCGUACACCAAGAGUAUUCUGAAUUAUAAGCCUUCCAAAUAUGUAUUUCCCAUUUGUUUGGAGAAAUUUUUAUUUUUUUAUAAGAAGAGUUAAAAAGUUAGUGUAUAAAUUUUUAAUGCUAUAUCUUGCUCAUUUGAUGAUUAAUGAGACAAAAAGAUAAAAUAGAUAACUUUUUAUUUUAGUUUUUGUACAAUAAAAUGUUAUAUCUGU